AUGAGGGGUAAACUGCUUACUCAAGAUAAGAUUUUGCAAUGGGGGAUAGAGCGAAGAAAGAAUAUGAAUAUGAUGUGCUGCAUGUUAUGUUAUCAGAAUAAUGAUUCUCACAGUCAUUUGUUUUUUGAGUGCCCUUUCUCGGCUCAGGUUUGGAUAUCGGUCAGACAGAAGGUUGAUAUGGUUUCUGUUCAGCCUAAGUGGACAGAUAUUAUAGAUUGGUUAUUGCCACGGGCUAGGUCGAGGUCGGUGGCUAACUAUGCGGCUCGUCUUCUGGUUGCGGCUAGUGCUUACAUUAUUUGGCAGGAGCGUAAUGCGAGAAUUUUUAAGAAUCAAAUGAGACCACCGGAAGUGAUAAGUGAAGUCAUUCUCAAUACGGUUCGGUACAAACUCAUGGGUGCGAAGCUGCGAAAGACUGCUAAGGUGCAACGGUGGCUUGGGGAAUGGAAGAUCGGCUCAAACACAAUCAGUGAUGACGGUGGCUAG